AUGUAUGGGCGGUACACCCAGGAGCUGGGUGUCUACGCCAAGGCGGAAGCAGCCCGCCUACGGGAUGGCGGCGUGCGGAACGGCGGAGGUCUGCGGCGGAACACCGGCGUCCGAAGUCGCUCAGCGGACCUGCAAGAGUACCAGAAAGACCCGUGUGCAAAGUGCCAGUCGUGUGCAUCCAGCUGCCAGAAGUUCCUGAUCUCGCGGGUGGGUGAGGACUGGAUCUUCCUCAUUCUGCUGGGGCUGCUCAUGGCGUUGGUCAGCUGGGUCAUGGACUACGCCAUCGCCUUCUGCCAAGAAGCACAGAAGUGGAUGUACGGCGGCCUGGACAGUAAUCUGCUGCUGCAGUACAUCGCCUGGGUCAGCUACCCCGUGGUGCUCAUCACAUUCUCUGCAGGAUUUACCCAGAUCCUGGCUCCUCAGGCCGUGGGCUCGGGCAUUCCGGAGAUGAAGACCAUCCUGAGGGGAGUGGUCCUCAAGGAGUACUUGACUUUUAAGACGUUUGUGGCCAAGGUCAUCGGGCUCACCUGUGCCCUGGGCAGCGGGAUGCCUCUGGGGAAGGAGGGGCCUUUCGUCCAUGUUGCCAGCCUGUGCGCCGCCCUUCUCAGCAAAUUUACGGCUGCUCUUUUUGGUGGAAUCUGCAUGGAAGAACCCUUUGAGGGAAGCAAGAACGAGUUGAGAAACACUGAAAUGCUGUCUGCUGCUUGUGCGGUGGGUGUGGGCUGCUGCUUUGCUGCACCUAUUGGAGGGGUAUUGUUCAGCAUCGAGGUCACGUCGACGUUUUUCGCGGUGAGGAACUACUGGAGGGGCUUCUUCGCUGCUACCUUCAGUGCCUUCAUCUUCCGAGUGCUGGCCGUGUGGAACCAGGAAGAAGAGACCAUCACUGCUCUCUUUAAGACUCGCUUCCGUCUGGACUUCCCCUUCGACCUUCAGGAGCUGCCGGCCUUCGCCGUCCUCGGGAUCGCCUGCGGUUUCGGUGGCGCCCUCUUUGUCUACCUGAACCGGCUCAUCGUGGAGUGCAUGAGGAAGCAGAAGACCAUUAACAAGCUCUUGCUGAGGAAGCGUUUGGCGUAUCCGGCGCUCGUCACCCUGCUGGUGUCCACCCUCACGUUCCCGCCGGGCUUCGGGCAGUUCAUGGCAGGCCAGCUGACGCAGCACGAGUCGUUGGUGGCGUUGUUUGACAACCGCACGUGGUGCCGCCAGGGCGUGGCCGAGGAGUUCGACUACAUCAGCCACCACCACGGCUGGAAGCACCCCCAGGUCAACGUAUUCAUCACGCUCGUCCUCUUCAUUGUCAUGAAGUUCUGGAUGUCCGCUGUGGCCACCACCAUGCCCGUUCCGUGUGGGGCCUUCAUGCCAGUUUUCCUCAUCGGUGCAGGAUUUGGCAGACUUGUCGGAGAGAUCAUGGCUACCAUGUUUCCUGGUGGUAUCCAUGCCGACGGCAGCGUGUAUCCCAUAGUGCCUGGCGGUUAUGCUGUAGUGGGUGCCGCAGCGCUGUCCGGGGCCGUCACCCACACCGUGUCCACCGCGGUCAUCGUCUUUGAGCUGACCGGUCAGAUCUCGCAUAUCCUGCCCGUGAUGAUCGCGGUGAUCCUGGCCAACGCCGUGGCCCAGGCGCUCCAGCCAUCGCUGUACGACUCCAUCAUCCGCAUCAAGAAGCUGCCCUAUCUUCCGGAGUUGGGCAUGGGGCAUCACGAGAAGUAUAAUAUCCGCGUGGAGGACAUCAUGGUGCGGGACGUACGCUUCAUCACGCUCACCUCGUCCUAUCGGGAGCUGCAGGAGAUGCUGGUGACUGGUCAGCUCAAGACGCUCGCCUUGGUUGAAUCUCGAGACUCCAUGAUCCUCCUGGGCUCCAUCGAGAAGCUUCAGCUCCAGUCUUUGCUCUCACUGCAGCUGAGUCGGCAGCGCCGCCUGACCCAUCUGCGCCAGCUGGUCCUGGACAGCGACGCCAACGACAACCUGACCAGCCUGACCAGCCUCACCAGCGACAGCGCCCCCACUUCUCCACGCAACAGCAACGCUCAUCAAGGGGUUCGCUUCCUGAUCUCCACAGAGGAGUCCUCUUCCUUCAGCCGGGUGGGCUCCAACAUUCAGCUUCCUCUUAAAUCGGCGCUGAAAAGCGUGUCGGCCGUCAGCAACGCCGACACGCCCAACAGCUCUCAGACACUGUCCUGUGCUGACCAAGACAAGGAGCUGUUAGAGAGUCCAUCCGAGUCGGUCCCGUCUGAAAGAAGGAAGCCCAAACGUGUGAGGAUCUCCAUGGCUGAAUCAACUGAUGUAGAAGAUUGUAUGAGCCCAACUGAGGUUGCCGAGUGGGAGGAACAGCAGCUGGACCAGCCGCUGGAUUUUAAGAACUCCAAGAUUGACCCAGCUCCAUUCCAGUUAGUGGAGCAAACCUCCCUGCAUAAGACCCACACCAUCUUCUCCCUGCUGGGUCUGGAUCACGCCUACGUGACCAGCAUGGGCCGUCUGGUCGGUGUCGUCUCUCUCAAAGAGCUCCGUAAGGCCAUCGAGGGCUCAGUGACGGUGACCGGCGUGAAAGUGCGCCCCCCUUUGGCCAGUUUCCGUGACAGCGGCAACACCAGCAGCAUCUCCGAGGUGACGGAGCUCCACAAGCUGUGCAUCCGCCACCGGGGGCUCUCGUUGCCGCGGGAACCCAACCCGCCGGACCAGGUGGACGACCAGCCGGACGUGGCGUACCAGGAGAUGCCCGUCGACGGCUUGAGCUUCGAAGCCGGCCCGGGCGAGGCGUCGCACCCUUUGCCGGAGCUCCAGGAGAGCCCGUCGUUCGCCGAGGACCAAUCGGAGUUUACCUUUGACUGCAGCCCCUCCCACACUGAGGAGUCCGAGCUGGUUUGUGACUUUGAGCCCCCGCCGGGCCAAACUUCUGAGCCGGACCAAGCGGAGCAAGCAAGCGGGAGUCCGCCUCUUAGCGGGGACCUAUCAGAACCCGAAGGGGCGAGACCAAUCGCUGACGCCCAAUCGGAGUGAUAAAUGUUGACAUUGCAUCCAUUUGUAUACCUACAAUACCAUAGUUCCAUUUAAA